AUGAAAAAGAAAAUAAACGAACGUUUAACGAAUAUAAUUUCACGAUCCCCAAUUGGGCAACCUUUGAAAGAACAAAGAGAUUCAGAUGUUAAAAAUUUAGAAAUGAAAACUUUAAGAUAUCAGAAAAUUGCUCCGAUUGUGAAACUCAACAUGGAUAGUUUUCUUAAAUUAAAAUCAGAGUUUGAUAAUUUGGUUUCGAAAAUAAAAAUUCCAGGAUCCGAAACUUAA